CAUCAUUUUUGGCAUAUAGUCUUCAACAAAGAGUUGAUUUUGAAGUUUUGGAGUAAUCUAGUUAUUGGGUUAUUGAGGGAUUGAGGAAUUUGUGCGAGAAGCUUCAAAAGACUCCGAAUCUAUGGCGAAAAUGGAUGGUUCAUCUGAUCUUAUAGAGGAGCUGAAGAUGCUGAUUCGAAUAUAAUUAGAAGAACGAUCCAAAUUUCAUGGCUGAAUAAGGCUGGGCCCAAUAUGAAAGGGCUCCACAGUUGGCAGUUUUAGUAGUUCAUUUUAGAAAAGGUGUGGCAAUGGACAUCAACCUCGAGACUGCAGUAGAUUCAUGGUGGACAGCCGGAAAUGGCAACGUCGUCGGAAAAUGUACGUUAACUGGACGGAAAGAGAGGCGUAAGGGAAGUGAAUGAGCGAGGAGCUGCAUUUCCUUGUUAUUUUAUUACAUUUUGAAGGCUGCAUCAUUUUCAUACCUUCUUUAAUCCUCCCACUAUCUCAGAUCAUUCUGUGGUCAUUUUCUACUGUUAUUGCACUUGGAUUCAGUCCAUUUUACUCUUAUGAUUGGUCAGCAGAGUAUGAGCUCUUCAUCAACUCAACUCUAUGCUUCAAGAAUGGGCAUCUAUGAGCCAUUUCAUCAGAUCAACUCAUGGCCAAAUGCAUUUGGUAGCCGACUAGAUACGAGCAUAUCACCUAUUACUAAAGUGGACGACUGUGUUGACAAUAAACCCGAGUUUGUUCCUUUUGAAUCGAUGGAUCAUCUCGAGAGCAGUCAAGAAAUGAACAAGCCAAUCGACGAUAAGGUACAAAGACGUUUAGCACAAAACCGGGAAGCAGCUCGUAAAAGCCGUAUGAGGAAAAAGGUUUAUGUGCAGCAGUUAGAAACUAGCCGUUUGAAACUGGCACAGUUGGAGGAGGAGCUAGAAAGAACUAGGCAACAGAAGGGUAACGGCUGCUUAGUCGACACCAGUCACAUCGGAUUCAGCGGAUUGGUAAACCCAGGGAUUGCUGCAUUUGAGAUGGAAUACAAUCACUGGGUUGAAGAGCAACAGAGACAGAUCAACGAACUUAGAAAGGCGCUGCAAGUUCAUACAACUGAUAUAGAACUCCAAAUUUUAGUGGAGAGCAGCUUAAACCAUUACCACAAUCUAUUUUGCAUGAAAGCCAAAGUUGCAAAGGCUGAUGUUUUCUAUUUAAUGUCUGGUGUUUGGAGAUCAUCGGCAGAGCGAUUUUUCCUCUGGAUAGGCGGAUUUCGCCCUUCGGAACUGCUAAAUGUUCUCAAACCAUACCUCGAGCCUUUAAAUGAACAACAAAGAGCAGAUAUCCACAAGUUGCAACAGUCGUCUCGGCAAGCCGAAGAUGCACUCACUCAAGGAAUGGAAAAACUGCACCAGAAUCUAUCCCUCAGCAUUGCCGGUGAUCCUAUAGGAAGCUAUAUUUCUCAGAUGGGUGAUGGAAUGGAGAAAUUUGAAGCAUUGGAGAGCUUCAUAAGCCAGCCGAGUGUGUGUUACUCUUUUCUUGAACAGGCAGACCAUCUCAGGCAACAAACUUUGAAGAGAAUGUCUCACCUCCUAACCACGAGACAGGCAGCACAAGGCUUGCUCGCUUUGGGCGAGUACUUCCACCGUCUCCGUGUUCUUAGUUCGCUCUGGGCCACUCGACCUCGUGAACCUGCGUAGCCAUGAAAAGCUCAGAGAUGUUCUAUUCACCAUAAUAUUCAAUACCAUAAGGCAUAGGACUACAAGGAAUGUAUACUUUUGCCUCUUAUGUAAAAAAAGGGAUGCAAAUCCUGUUAUAUAAGUUUCACUGCUAGCCACAUUUUAGUAAGCAAGUUCUUAUGGUUUUCAAAAUGUAAAUAUCAAUAGUUCUUAUAAUGCUGCAGAUAUAAGCAACUUAGUUCAUUAAUUUUAUAUAGAAAAAUUAUAUUUUUGUAUGCUUCCAGUGUCACACUUGGAUUCUUAUAGGCAAAUAAUUCCACAUUAUUUACCA